ACGCGGAAGUGCAAAAGCUAAAUGAGCUAAGGAAGUUACACCAAAAGUUUUCCUGUUUCUGGUUCUGUUUGGUUGUGGGUCUGUUCAAAACACAACGGAGAAACCGUACUAUAAGCAAGGAAAGGGGUCGGUAAACACAAACAAAGCUAAUCUCUGGUUCGUUUAUAUUUGCAACCGCUAAAAGUAAUUUUUCCUGGAAAGUCGAGGGCUGCGACGACUGACACGGCAGAGGUUUGAAAGUGUCGGUCGGGUAUCUUCGUCAGAGGACUCGCAGCACUCAGCAAGUGAUUUUUGUGGACAGAAAUGAAUGUCAGUUCAAGUGAAGACGGUGGGACAAGCGGGCAACGGUUUAGCUACCGGAACGGCCCCAAACCCUGGUCGGUGGUCGCACUAUCAGUCCUGGGCUCGGCAUGCGCCGUAUCCGCCGCCGGCGCUGUGUGCGCCUUCAUCUACCCCGUCCUGAGAGAACUGCGGACUGAGACAGUGAGAGGAGAGGAUGGCACUGAAGUCAGGAUACUGGGUUUCUGGAGUAUCUUGGUGUUGUCAGUGUUAGCUGGGUGGCUCUGCUGGGCUUUUUCAUGGACUCUCACCUACCUGGACUCAUACAAACCCAGCGGGGGGGUCGCAACCCCCCUGGCACUCUCCCACCUCAGGCAGGUGCCAGACCAGGGUUUCCACAUGGACUACAGUGUUGCUGUCCUGAAUGGCAUCAUGGCCAUGCUUACCGUCAUCUGGACCCUCAGUUGACACAGACACACACACACACCCUCCCCGGCUUGGUAUUUCUCCCUACAUUAGCACUGACACACUGUCUUACUUUAUGUCCCAACGCUGUACAAUCAGUCUCAACUUGCAUGAAAACCAGCAAUAAACAGCCACUUUGUACAUG